AUGGCAGACGAGAUCAACCCAUCAGCCGCAGUAAGCUAUGAUCCGAGACGACACUUGUCAUCAACACCACGAAGCGCUGCUCGAGCCAUAACCAAUCCCCGAAAGGACGAUGACGGCAACGACAUGAACAUCACCAUCACACCUCGAGCUGCGCACCGCCUACAAACAAUAUCAGAAACAGACAGUAAUCCAGAGUUGGCAUUACGUGUCAGUGUGGAAUCAGGAGGAUGCCACGGCUUCCAAUACCUCAUGAGUCUCAUCAACGCAAAGGACAUUGAUCCAGCGGAAGAUACGGUGUUUGAGAAUGAAGAGGUCGCACGCAAAACUGGAGACUAUAAGGCGAAGAUUGUGAUGGAUGAGCCGAGUCUGGAACUGCUGAAGGGAAGCAGUAUUGAUUAUACUAUGGAGCUUAUUGGGAGUCAGUUCAAGGUGACGGGUAUACCUGGUGCGAAGAGUAGUUGUGGCUGUGGGACGAGUUUUGAUAUUGCGUGA